UACGUUGCAGGCGCAUUUUGUCAAUUCAAUUUUACGAUCUCAUGGUGCACGGUUUAACACAUACUUAAGACGAACUCUACAAGGCAAAGUCACUCACUUACUUAGGAUGGGACAGAAUCAACAGCAGCAUUGCGAGAUGGAGGCGGAAAAGUCAUUAAAGGUUGCUUUGAUUGGUCAAAGUCAAUUUGCCGCCGACGUUUUUGAAACCAUCCAGGAUCGUGGACACACCAUCGUCGGUGUAUUCACCGUUUUGGAUAAAGGAAACAGAGAAGAUCCAUUAGCUAAAAUUGCAAAAGAAAACGAUGUCCCUGUCUUCAAGAUAAAGUCAUGGAGGAAGGCCGGAAAACCGCUUCCGGAAAUCCUUGACAUGUACAUGUCCGUCAAAGCUGAUCUUAACGUCCUCCCUUAUUGCUCGCAAUUCAUCCCAAUGGAAGUAAUCAACCAUCCCACUUAUCACAGCAUCUGCUACCAUCCGUCCAUUCUUCCGAGACACAGAGGUGCGAGUUCCAUCAAUUGGACACUCAUCUCCGGCGACCGCGAGGCCGGUCUCUCACUCUUCUGGGCCGACGAUGGUCUUGAUACCGGCCCAAUUCUCCUUCAAGAAAAGUGCACACUCGAAGAGGAUGACACCGUGGAUACCAUCUAUAAUAGAUUCUUGUAUCCGGUUGGCGUUGAAGCCGUUGCGAAAGCCGUAGAUAUGGUAGCAGAUGGCACCGCUCCGAGGAUAACGCAAAACGAAGAAUUCGCGACUUACGAAGCGAUGUUGAACAAGCCGCAUCUUCAACAGAUUGACUGGACGAAAACCGGGAGAGAGCUGCACAAUUUUAUCAGAGGAAUGGAUUCUGUACCAGGGGCGAGUUGCAAGGUGCUUUUACCCGAAAGAGAAGAUUACCAAGAAAUCCUUUUGUUCGGUUCCUCCAUGUGGACAGAAGCCAAACCGAACGGCGAAGAAAUCAAAAUUGAAAAUGCUCCAAACGGUUUGGUCCAUGAAGGAGGACUCAUUCUAACAGGAAGCGACGGAUCCAUGGUCAACGUAAAGCGCAUAAAAAUUAACAAAAAAGUAAAAUUGGCUGCGGAUAUGAACAAACCUUCAGAUCAAAUAAAAAUCGACUACACUGCAGAAGAAUUAGUGUUCGUCGAGAAUAUCCGGACAAUCUGGAACGCAAUCCUCAAUUUGGAAGUCGAAGAUGAAACUGAUUUCUUCGCGUGCGGCGCCGGUUCCAUGGAUGUCGUCAGACUGGUGGAGGAAGUUAAAGACUGCGUAAAGAUAGAUUUGGAAAACGAAACUGUUUUCAUGUCACCGGAAUUCAUGGAGUUCUGCUCUGCAGUCGUGUUGAAACACAGGGGCGCUAACGAGGUCAAGCAGAUCGUUUACAGACCGAUAGAACUUGAAGUCAACAAACGUCAUCUGAAGUUCCCAUGCCAAUUGUUCAUCGACGGUGAAUUCGUUGAUGCCGAGGGUGGAAAGUCGAUCCCAACCGUGAAUCCCGCCAACGAAGAAGUCAUCUGCCAAGUGCAGUUUGGAUCGAAGAACGAUGUUAACAAAGCCGUUGCUGCUGCCAAGAGGGCAUUCGAGGACGGGGAAUGGAGCAAAAUCAGUGCAAGGGAGCGCGGAAAUCUCCUUUACAGACUCGCCGAUUUGAUGCAGGAACACAAGGAGGAGUUGGCCACGCUAGAAUCUAUUGAUUCCGGAGCGGUCUACACUUUGGCGCUGAAAACUCACGUCGGCAUGUCCAUCGAGACGUGGCGGUACUACGCAGGAUGGUGCGACAAGAUACAAGGAACUACAGUUCCAAUCUCCGAUGCUAGACCAAACAAGAACUUAACAAUUACGAAGAAAGAACCAAUUGGUGUAUGCGGUUUGAUCACCCCAUGGAAUUAUCCCUUGAUGAUGCUUUCCUGGAAAAUGGCUGCCUGCUUGGCAGCAGGAAACACUGUUGUAAUCAAGCCCGCCCAAGUGAGUCCUUUGACCGCACUGAAAUUCGCUGAAUUAGCGGCGCUCGCCGGAAUUCCUCCAGGUGUCAUCAACGUUGUCCCCGGAACCGGAUCUUUGACUGGAAACGCAAUUUCCAAUCAUCCGGAUGUCAGGAAACUUGGAUUCACUGGAAGCACGGAAAUCGGAAAAGUCAUCAUGAACUCUUGCGCCACCUCCAACUUGAAGAAAGUUUCACUGGAGUUGGGUGGCAAGUCACCUUUGGUUAUAUUCAGCGAUUGCGAUUUCGACAAGGCCGUGCGAUUGGGAAUGCAAAGCGUGUUCUUCAAUAAAGGUGAAAAUUGUAUCGCAGCUGGCCGCAUUUUCGUGGAGGCUUCCAUCUACGAUAAGUACGUCAAACGCGUCGUCAAAGAAACGAAAAAGAUGAAGAUCGGCGACCCGCUGGACAGGUCCGUGAGUCACGGUCCUCAGAACCAUCUCGCCCAUCUGCAGAAGCUUCUGGAAUUCGUGCAGAAGGGUGUUGAGGAUGGGGCGAAGCUGGAGUUGGGUGGUCGCAGGAUGCAGAGGCCUGGAUACUUCUUCGAACCCACAGUCUUCAGCAACGUCGAGGAUCACAUGUACAUCGCCAUCGAGGAAUCUUUCGGACCUAUCAUGUGCAUCAGCAAAUUCCAAAAUGGUGAUUUUGAUGGAGUGAUCAAGAGGGCCAACGCCUCAGAAUAUGGCUUAGCUUCUGGCGUUUUCACCAAAGACCUGAGCAAGGCUAUGCGCUUCGCUGAGAAAAUCGAAGCUGGCACAGUCUUCGUAAACACGUACAACAAAACCGACGUCGCCGCUCCGUUCGGAGGCUUCAAACAAUCCGGAUUUGGCAAAGACUUGGGCCAAGAGGCUCUGAAUGAAUAUCUGAAGACUAAAUGCGUUACCAUAGAAUAUUAACGAAUUAGCUUCAAAUAUUAAUUUUAAUUAUUUAUACAUAUACAACAAAACUGAUUACUUAAUAAAACUACUUAUUUUCAA